AUGAUAAUUGAAAAAAAUAGUAGACACAGUUGGGAUGCCAUUGUCAAAGUGGAGGAAGUCAUUAAAAAACUCAUCGAAAAAUUAGAUUAUAAGGAAGAAUAUAGUCUGCAACCCAAAGUGUCCGCUGAAUAUUUACAUAAUCCCAUAAGUAAUCAGGUAAUUUUGGAACAAAAGACAAAUCAGACGGCAAUACUUUCUAUAAUUCCUUCCUCCACGACAACAACGAUUUCCGUUGCAAAUUCUUCCGGGACGCCUCAUAUAAAUACGGUUGACUCAAGACCCCAGGACUCGGGUAAAACCACUGUUAAUUCGAUUAGGGAAUCACUCACGGACAAACAAAAUAAAAAAACUUCAGAUGAAAAACAAACGGACUUUAAAAAAGACUUUGAUGGUUUUAAUGUGACGCACGAACCCGAUACGUUACAAAAAAUUUGCAGAAAUACCGAAUCAAAUUAUUCUUCCGAAGAUUCGUAUAAAAAACCAUCCAACGUGGAUUUAUUAACGUCAAGUCGAGAAAAACUAUUAAAAGCCUUGCAAAAACAAUUGACUCCCGUUCAGAGUAACCAUCACAAAUCCGAUUUAUUCUCUACAGAAAGUGUCAUUUCGAAAAUUAGUGGUUCACAAAGUAUUAGUGCCUAUAACUGUUUAAAAAAUUGUGAUUAUGACAAUGAGAGUGAAAAUAAUUUAGAAAAUGGUAAAAAGUCGAAAAUUGAAAGCGUUAAAUCGAAUAGUGAUGAUGUAAGCACAGAUGACAAAGACUCCAUUAAAUUUGGUGAAAAUGAAAAAGAAAGUGAAAAAUUGAGUCCAUUUGUACAGUUUCAUUCUUCGGUUUCUUCACAUAAAAAACACAAAUCUUACUCGCAUGCGAAAAGUGAUUCGAUUAAUUUAAAAUCAAAACAAAAAUUAAAAGAAAAAUUAUCAGCCGAUAUUUGCGAGGUACAUAAAGUACCGGGUAAAAGUAUUGGUGGAUCUUUGAGAUCAUUAAAAGACAAAAAAUUUUCCGAUGCCGAUGAAGAUGAUGAAUUAAUUAAACAGGACAAAAUUUGCGAAUCUGAUGGGAAUUCUAAUGACACUGCGGAAUGUUUACAGAGUGCGUUUCAAGAACACGAUAACAAAGAUAAAAUAAUCGUGAAAAAACACGACAUUCGGCCGACUCAAAAGGAUGAAAAGGAAAAAGAGAAAAAAUUAACGCAUUGCGAACGAGAGGGUGAUUUGGAUUCACAAAGAAAUAAAAAAGAAAGUAAUCAUCAUCAUCAUCAUCAUCAUCAUCAUCAUAAAGCGGUCGAAUUUCGUAAAAAUGACAAAAAAAAUGAUAAAACGAGUAAAAAAUGUCACGUGAAAACGUCAGGAUCAAAUAGUAUUAAUGAUAAAGAAUUGAUAGAAGCUGCCAAAGAAAAUUAUAAAUCUUUACCACCUAAUCUUUCGAAAAUAAAUACGACGGAAAAGAAAAAAUUUUCCGACUCUCUUUUACUUGAUUCCCUCGAAUCAUCUCCGGGUGUGAAUGAUUUGAAUAAAAAAGACAUGAUUGAUGAUACCUUAAACCGUGUGGAACAAUUUACGAACAAACUUGAUUUUAUUUCUCAAUCUAAAACGAAAACGAAUAAUUCAAGUCAUACUAAUAAAUUAAUACACGAAAAGUGUGGAAAUGAAUGCGAUGAACCUCCUACCCAUUCAGUUCUCACUGAUGCCAUUUCAAAAAAAUACACGGAUUUAAGUAAAGAUUCGAAUACGAAAAUAAUAAAUAACAAUUUGAAAAAAAUGGGAAAUGUGAGGACUGCUAAAGAUGAACAGUAUUCAAUACGUCACGGGGGUUUAAAUGCAGCAGUGUCAGAAAAUAAAAAAAAUUUUAAAGAAAAAAGACCUGUUUUGGAUUUACCUUUGCCGAAAUUUGAACACAGUUUCGAAACGACGACGGAUUUAAUAAACAAUCAAAAGUUUUCAAAUGCCGGAGAUAAAAAAUGUACGAAAAAUAAAAAACUUAUACCAAUAAAUUCUUGUUCGACGGAUUUGAAAAAUUUGAACGGUUCGGAUACGAAAUCUCCAAAACCACUCAAUUGCCGUAUAAAUACGAGCAAAAUGUCGUCGUUAGAUCCAAGGCUAUAUCAUUCUGCUUAUUUCGGUAUUCGAAACAUUCGUAAAUCUGAUCAAAUCACUCAAAAAUGUUCUUCGCUAAACGAGAAAAAAAAAACAUCGGAUUCAUGUAUUGUAAAUAUUUCAAAACAAAAUCAAGAUACGACCGUGUCUCAUAAUAAUAAUAAUAAUAAUAAUAAUAAUUCAAAUAUUAAGUUUUCCAACGCCUGCACACCGCAUACGGAACCGACCAAUUUGAAUCAUCACUCCAGUAAAGAGCCUCUGGAAAAUAAAACAUCUCAAGAUUAUUCGACACCCAAAUCAUAUGCAGAAUACAGACGAAUAAAUUUAAAUGAAAAAGGGAAAAACGCUGACCAGUCGUCGCAGUCGGAAAAGAAAAUUAAAAACGAAACGUUUAAUAGUAAGAAAUUAAAUGGUGCAAGUGGUACGAUGAGAAAAAAAAUAAAUUUCAAAAAAAAAAAGAAAUAUAAAAAGUAUAGAAUAAAAAAACAAGAAGGUGAUGAUACUUUGGCUUCAAAGGCAGAACCGUGUAAAAUUUCUUGUGAUAAUGAUGGUGCAAAAGAUGGCGUCGAAACGAAAAAAAAUGAAUCAUUUAAUAAAGAAUUAAUUUCACCGUUGGAAAAUUUAUACGAACCGGAAACGUUGCCGAAAUACAAUCAAAACCACAGAUUGAAAAACUUUAAAAUUCCUAAAAGGAAACGUGGGGUUAAAGGAAAAGACGGCGCGUUCGUUAAAAAUGAUGAUGGAGUGAAAAACAAAACUGAAAAAGGUAGCACGGAUUUCGAUUCGAACGUAAACAAAAAAGAAAUUUCUUCUGCGACUGCAAAGGCAUCGAAUGUCAUUUCCCAAGAUGAAAAAAACAAUAAGGAGGAUCUCCCGAUGGAUAGUCUUACAAAUAAGUCCGAAAAAAACAUAAAUAAAAGUUCUAAGAGUAAAGCAGAAGAAAAGAAAAUAGAAAAUAAAGUAAACAAUGCAACCUCGGAAAUUAACGGUUGUAAAGAAAAUUUAAAUAAAAAUGUAGACGAACCAGAAAUUUCAUUCAUUAAAGAAAUCAAGACUGAAAAAAAAGAACGAGUCGAAGAAAACGGGGAAGAAAAUUUUCUUCCCACCCGAGAAAAUCCUUUGAAUAAAAAUGAUGAUCCUUUGAAUAAAACCAAAGAACUCGAUUUGAAUAAAGAAAUAACGAAAGAAAUUCUAGAAGCUUUCAUUGUAAAAUCUCUAGAAUCUGGAAAAGGAGAAUUAUUGUUGGCUCAAGCAAAACUCUUUGAAAAAUUAUCAAGAAAAUUAAAUUCGAAAAAGUUGAAAACGAUAAAAAAAAUAAUAAAUUCGGAAAGCGACAGUAGUUUUUCAUCUGAUUCCUCGUCGGAGUACGAGGUUAAGAAAAAAAAGAAGAAAAAAUCAUUUGAAAAAUCUAUGAAAAAAAGGAUGAAAAAAACAAGGAGAAUUCGAAAAAUUCAAACAACUUCCGAAAGUGACAAUGUAAGCGAAGAAGAAGAAGAAGGAGAGGGAAUUUCAAACGGAAAAAAUUGUACAAACGAUGAAGAAAAAGAUGAAAAUUCUGGUAAAGUAAUACCUUGCAAUAAUAAUAAUAAUAAUACCGUGGAAAAUGAAAUUCUAAGCGACAAAGAUUCGGGUUCGAAUUUCGAAAAUACUGAAUCGCACCAUUCAAAUAUUGAUGCUGGAAAAUCUGUGGAUAAAAAUGGAAUCGAACAGAGCAAAAGUAAAAAUACAUCAGAAUCCGAUAGCGGAAAAAUCAGCCUGGAAAUGACGGACGAAAUGAAAAAAAUGAAGCAAGGUUCAAAAGGUAAACCUAAAAUGAAAACGGAAUUGGAUAGACUUCACGAUGACAUAAGGAGCAUGUUUAUUUGUUCUGAUGUUCUGACGGCUACGGGUUUGAGAAUGUGUCGACUUAUAAAAGAAAAUGAAGAAAAUAUUUACAAUGUGGACAUGGUGAAAGAAAGUGCGAAAAUGGUAGAAGAGGAAAAUGUGAAAAAAAUUAGAGUUCGUAAACGAAAGUCUAAAAGAAUUAAAGAAAACGAAACGGAAGACGUGUAUUUAAAUUUGGAAAAUCAUUCAGAUGAUCGGAUUUCCGAAGAAAGACUUUCCUCGCCUCUCGAGGAAAAUUUAAAAAACAAAGAAAAUGACUGCACGGGAAUAAAGGAUGGAGAAACUUCGAUUUCGAAACCCAUACCUCUGUUAAAAGAUUUCAAAAUUCGACCCUGCGUAGUUUUACACAAAUUAAACCUGAACGAUUUCAGGUACGGAUUAAAGGUUUCCAAAAGCAGCGUUGUUUUUGUAUCGAGUCCCGGUCACAAUGUAGCCGUGAGAAGUAGUAAAAAAUUAAAUUUUAGAAAAGUUCUGGAAAAGAGUGUGUACCUGAUGAGAAACGUGCGAAAAGUCGAAAGGUUAAAAAAUAAUAAUUUGAGGAAAGGAUACAAGCGAAAAAAUUUGAAUGAAAUAAUUGGAAAAUUGCCUUUGAAAAUAGCUAAAAUAAAACACUUAAAUUUUAACGAUACCGGAGCGGAGUGUAAAAAAAAACCGGAAACGAAUUCAUCUCCUGUCGAACCUUGUACGGAUGGUAUCAUAAAUUACGCAUUCGAGAAGGAAAAAGUUUUUUAUUCGUGCAAGCUUUGCCUUUUUGCGGGUGAAAAUAUUACGAUGCACUAUAAAACAUUUCAUCCCGAGUCAGAGGUUCUCAUUUCCAGACUUAGUAAAGCGGAAGCUCUUAAAGCAAUCGAAGAUUCAAAAGUGAAUAAUUACGCAAAACAUCAAAAUUCUACCGCCAUUUUGUCGAACGGUAAAACUAAAUCGUAUCAUUGCAGAAUGUGUUUGGAAAAAAAAAUUUCGGAUAUCCGUGGGUUUUUGUCUCACGUGUCUGAUCAUACGGGAGAAUACAAUUAUAAAUGUCCUGGAGAAAAUUGUACCGUCGUGUCAUCAUCUUCCGGUAGUCUUAAACUUCACAUUUUAUCCGUUCAUCCUGAUGGCAGGCAUGACUUGUACGGUAAAAUUACAAAAAACGUUUCGGUAAAUUACGAAAAUGAUAUUUUAUUCGGAUACAUGUGUUCGGAGUGUAAUUUCGUGCAAAUAAUAUUGGAAAAUUUAGAACGCCACGUACAAAAGUAUCAUUCGAAUGAUAAAAACGUUAAAAUUAUUAAAAUUAACAUGUCUGCUAAUUCACCUAAAAAGGAUUUUACCGUGAAAGAAAAAACCAACGAAUCAAAAACAACGAACCCUCUGGAAAAUAACGUAAGAGCUCCAGAGUCGAAUAUUGAACCUGAAAGUUUACAGGGUACGAAUGAUGGAAAAGUUAAAAAGAAAAAAAAGAAAAAGAAAAAACGGAAACGGAAAGACAGGAAUUUGAAUGUUGAAAUGGUUGACGGCGUUAAUAAUAAUAAGUUAGAGGAGGGUGAUGAGGGUGAUAAACCGCCUAAGAAAAAAAUGAGGUUGGCAGAACCGCAGGAAGGUUUAGUCCUAAACAAAAUUCUGAUUAAAAAUAAUAAAAUAUGCAAUGAAAAAGGAGUUUGUGGAAAGGAUGGAGAGGUGGCUAAUGUCGAACCUGAAAAACAAAUUCCCAAGCGCGACGAAACGUUCAAAGAUGGCAGCGCGGAAAAAGUUUCUAUCAAAACGGAAAAUGGUGACUGCGAGAAAAGAGAUUUGGAAAAAAAUAAGGAAAAAGUUAUUUCGAAUAUUUUACCGGAUAAAACAAUUUCGAAUUCUUUUGAAAAAAAUUCCGAACCGUGUAAAUCUUACCCGACAAAGUCGUUAAUGGAUAAUAAUAUAAAAGUUUUUGGAGUUGGACCUUUGGAAGCUUUGGUGUCGAAAAAUUCUGUCAUUUCUUAUGUGUGUAAGUCGGAAAAUUGUACAUUUUCUACUAAAUUAGUUAAUCAAUUUAACGAACACAUACGACAACGUCACACGAAUGUCGAAUGGAAUGGAAUAUGUAACAUAUGUAAAAUCACUCCGCAGUUAAAGGAUUCGACGUAUAAUUUAAUACAUGCAUUCAAUCAUUUACAAUAUCACGAAAGGCAUGAAAUAUUAGGUAAUAGAAUAUUAGAAAAAAAAGUAAAUUCCCUGAGAAAAAAUGCCGAUGAAAAAUUAGAAGUUGAAUCAUGUUCGAAUGGAUAUCCUUACCCGAAUUUUUCAUCAACUUCUAAAGAACAGGGAAAUUUGUCUUCAUCCGAAAAUUUAAGAACUUGUCUACCAAGUGUUCCUCUAUUAAGAGUUAGAACUUUAGUGGGUGAUCGACUUUCCACUCCGCGGGAAACAAGAUAUAGUUUUAUUAACAAUUCUACAGAAUCCAGUAAUUUGUAUCAUGAAAGAAAUAAUCCGCUAGCAAUGUUUACAAUAGAAAAUGUAAGAAGUUUAAAUCCAAGAAGUAAUCCGGAAGAUGUGAAUUUGCAAGUUGACGAUUUUGUUGUCGUUGGUAAUCAAGAAUUAUCCGUGGAAAAUAAUGACGUGUCGAAAAGUUCAGUGAUUGUGCGUUCGCGUCCCACAAAAAAAAUUGCUCUUUUGCCCGAUUCUAACGUUCGUUCGAUAGAAGUUAAACAAUUGCAAGUUGUCAAUACUUCGCCCGUGGUAAUAAGUUCGUUAUCGAAAGUUGCUCCAUUUCAAUUUGUUUCGGCAUCGGCACCCUCAAAUCCACCAUAUUCUACCCAGCCUUUGCUUGGCUCAUGUCCACCCCCGUUAUUACCUGUUUCUAAUGCUGUAGUUUUACCUUCCUCAGGCUCCGAUGCUGUACCUCCUCCAGCAUCUAAUGCUGUAAUUAUACCUAAAACCGUUUGCGGAGCUCCUUCCCCUUCCAUAUCUAACCCUUUGAAUUUAUCCGUAUCAUUACCAAUACUACCCUCUUCCACUAUAUCUAAUGAUUUAAUUAUACCCACGGCGACAAUAUCGAACGUGCCGAAUUCUACCGGGGUACCCGAAAAAGUUGUUUGGCCAACAUCCGUACUUACAUUACCGAAUACCGGAAUCCCUACAGUAACCGCUAACAUGUGCAGCCUUAAAAAGCAAAAUAAAGACAAUUUAGGUAUAACAUCAUCAUCUGCGGAGAGCAUUCAUGCCGAAUCGACGAUGAAAGGAAGUAAUAAUAAGCAAUCGAAACGCGUGCGUACCAAAGUUUACAAACCUAACGCAGAAGUAGUACCCUCAACGUUAAAUAAUGAAGAAAUUGAGCAAGUUAAACAAAAGUCAUUGGGCGGUGCACAAAAACUUAAUCCGCCGGGAUUGGGAAACAAAAGUGUAAAGAACUCGAAAAUUUAUAGAGAAAUGCUAACAAAAACAAAACUGUGUCAUCUUUUCAAGUGCAUGGCGGUUGAGUGUAGUUUCACGUGCAACAGUGAAAGUGUUUUCACGCAGCAUAUAGGUUUACACGAAGCUCAAAGACGAAUGAAAAAUCAAAAACCGAAUAAAAUGAAGGAAGUGGAAUCUUUGAAUAAAUCGAGGAAAUUUUGUUACUGGCAUCAAUGCGCUUAUUGCUGCGAAGUACUUUCUAAUUCCAGUUCGGCUCUCAGUCAGCAUAUUUUAACAGAUCACGGACAUUGCAUAUAUCAAUGUCCAUAUUGCUUUUACAGAGCGAUAUCUAAAACUUACGUAGAAAUACAUCAGAAUUUAGUUCAUUUUCAAUUCGAUGAAAAUCGAAUAAUUUACAAAUGCAAACAACUUUCAAAGACUCCCUCGCUGACGUCAGUUUUGGAAAAACAAGGAAGGAGACAAAGCGUGAGGCCUUAUCAUUGUGAUCAGUGUGGGAGUAAAUUUUACAUAACCCAAGAAUUUAUGAAUCACAUGACGACAGAGCAUCAAUCCGUAACUGCUUACACUUGCCACAUUUGUAAAAAUUUGUGCUUUAAAGCUGAUAGACUGAUAGCCCAUUACAAACUUCAUUCCUACAGCACUUACCAAUGCGCGUAUUGUUUACACGGAACCGAAACGGAAAAGGAAAUGAUGUUUCAUUUGUGUAAUUUUCAUUUUUCACAACCGCCAUACAUUUACGUUAGAGUUUUGGCUGAUAAUAUGGAAGGGUCUUCUAAUAAUAUUUUAUCAUUUGAUCUUUCUUCGAUAGUCGAAGAACUCGGUAUUAUUUCUGAAAAAAAUUCAAAUAUUAACGAAGCUCCUCUCAUUAAAGAACUCGCAUCCAUCACUCAAAAAAGUUCUAAAAACGUGUCGGUGACGAAUUUGCUUCCGAACGCACAAUUUUCAUCGGAAAAUGAAACUUCGGAAGAAAAUUGUUUUGUUUUGGUAUCGUCGGGCGUGUCCUCGAAUAAAGAACGUUCGGAGGAGAGAGAUAUGAGUGUACCUUUAGGUCAAUUAACGUUAGAUGUGGUCUCGUUAAAUAAACCGAAUGCGGGAAUAAAUAACAAGGGAAUGUCGAAUUCAUUUGUAAAAGGCAACGAAACGACUAACAAACCGGAACAAAAAGAAACGUUUGUUUCAAAUAAACCCGUACCUGAAGAAACAAACGCUCGUUCUUCAUCUGAACCUUUGGUGUCUGCAGCUUUUCAUAAACUGCCUCCGGUGGUUUCAAAUAAAAAAUAUUGUUCGAAAAUUAAUACUUAUUCAAACGCGGUAAAAAAUAGUACAACUACUGGUACAACUGAAGAAAAAAAUAAUAAAGAAAUGGGUGUCAACGUAAAAAAUAUUAGAAAAGAAAAUACGAUGAGUAUUUCUUUAAUGAAAGAAAAUGCGCCGGCUUUGUCAAUAAGUACCAGCAAAACAACAGCAUCCGAGAAAAAUGUUCAUUCCAAAAAAAAUAAAAGAGAUUCUUCUUCUUCUUCUAAUGUAAACACUAAUGAAGAUUUUGAAGACGGCAGUCAUUUAUUAGAACCUAUUAUAACAAUAUCAGAAGUUUGUUCUUUAUCAGGCAAGUCGGAAAAGUCAAAGGAAAGCGUGACAAUCAAAAAACCUGAUACAUCUCCUUCGAUAAGUAAUGCGACAGAGAUUUUAAAACCUCCUAUAAUUCGUCUUAAAGAUUUCUCUUUAAACGAAGACAAAAAAAAUACUGAUAAAAAUGAAAGAGAAGGUACGGGAGAGGAAUCAAGUGACGACGAUAAGUUUUUAAAGGAAUCGGUAAAAAGUCCCGAAGUUAUAAUUAUAAACGACAACGUUUCGAAAGAAGUAUUGACUGUCACGAUUGAUUCGGAAGAGGAAAAUGAACAGGACAAAAGUAGUCAAUUUUCCAACGGAGAAAAAAGCAAAUCAUCUCAGGUUCAAAACGAUAAUACCAUAAGGAAAGAAAUGGAAAAAUUAAGAAAUCAAAUGAACGAUGAAACCGAUUGUCUUUUGUUUGACGACGUGGCAACAUUUUCCGAUUCUGUUACGAAUAAGAAAUCGGUUAAAAAGUCACCCGAGAUUUCUGAAACUGUACCUGAACUUCCAAAAGAUUCAUCAAGCUCUCUUAAAUCCAAACAAAACGCAAAUAACACAAUUGAAACCAAGUGCGAAACUAAAUCGAAGGGAUGUUUGACUCCCAUUGAAGAAGCCAUUUGUUCGUUGAAUAAGAAAUUAGAAGAAGAAGGGGAGAAACAAAAAGUCGAAUCAAAUUUAAAAGAAAAAAGAACAAAAGAAGCAGGAGAAGAAGGGGAGGAGGAGGAAGAAGAAGGUAUUAAAACUAUUCCGCGAACUCGUUCUUUUACCAAAGAAGAAGCACGAAGAAAAAUAAGCGGGGAAGUUGACGUCAGUGACAGCGACGACAGCAGGCAUGGAAUGACGGAAGGUUUUAGAAAAAAAGUUAAAAAUUUCAUAACGGAUUUGUCUGGAAAAGAACUUUUCAUUUGCGGAAAUCAAAAAUGCGGUUUUACCGCGGAAAAUUAUGGUGAACUCAAGGAUCAUUUAUAUGUUUGCGAUCUUUCUCGUGAGUCGUCCAUGCUCAUGUGUCCUCAUUGUUCGAAACUCAUUAGGCAAUUUAACACAUAUCUCGACCAUUUAAAAUAUCACGGUGAAAAAAAGUUUUCUUGCGGAUUGUGCGGUUUUGCUUCUGCGGGUGAAUCAAGUUUGAUGAGACACGUCAAACAAAAACACAAAUGCGGGUCGUUGAGAAGCGUACCUAUGGAUCCUUCAAAAGAAGGAUAUUUAGUUUAUUAUCCUAAGGUUCGUAGUAAUAUGGUUCGCCAUUUGAAAAUUCAUUUAAAAUCAGAAAUAGAAGGUGUUGUGGUUGUGCCUUCAACAGCUCCAACGAAUCCAGUUCCAUGUUUAGACACCAAAGAAAAAAUGUUUGAUAAAAUGACUAACUUAGCCGCUAGUUCUCAACUAGCACAAGCCAAAGAAAAGACUGUUAUCGAGGCCUUAGCUCCUGAAGAAGAAGCCAAGUUACCACAAUUUAUUGCCGAACAAUUACGUUACAAGUGUUGCUUACCCGAUUGCAACUACAUAACCGUCGACGACGGUAUGCUUAAACAUCAUAUAAAAGCUUUACACGAUGAAUUAAACUGUUACAGUUGUCCGCAUUGCGGUGAUACGGUUAAUGCGGAUGUUCGAAAUGUAACGUUAGAUAAAAUAGGAUAUCAUUUAAAGUUACACGAUGGAAAAUUGUACAAAUGCGCUCAUUGUAAUUACUUUCAUUAUCAAAAGGCUGUCGUCGAAAAGCACACACUCGAAAAGCAUCCGGAGAAAAGGUAUUACGUUCACACGGUACGAGAGCCAAAAGGAGUCAAAGGAGAUUCUUCGUCGGAAGAACCACCACCAUCACCGUUCACGGACAACGUCGCGUCCAAAAUGUGGAAAUGCGGACUCUGUACGGAAUUCCAAAGUUAUUCUAAAAUGUCGGUGUCGGAACAUUUGGGAAAAAUACACGGUACUAAAUCGAAAUACAAGUGCCAGUUGUGCGACACGAAAUCGAAUCACUAUCAUUCCUUUUUCUCACAUUUCACUUCGAAACACGCGGGUGAAAAAGUUUCCUACGUUCGAACAAUAGAACAAGUGAAUUUAAACACGGCGGAUUCUUCGGAGUCGGCGAACGCGGAGUCGCCCUCCGACCGUUUCGACACGACUCCCUUGUGGCAACGCGGUGCUCCCAGAAUUCGUCACAUACGAGGGAUACUAAUAGAAGAAGAAGAAGUGAAAGCGAGAAAAAGUAAAAAAGUCAACGACGAUAAAGAGGGUGAAUCGGAAAGCGCGGAAGUCAUGGCCGCGGGCAACGCUUUCUACUACUGUCCCCUGUGCAGCAACAAAAAAGCAUUUUACACGAGAAAUCCAGACUGUUUUAGAUCUCACCUGUAUCAAGAGCUAAAUUAUCAACAGUUUGUGUGCACGAUAUGUAGUAAAAUGUUCACGGAUAAAAAAGACUAUGAAAAACACCACGUGAAAAAUCACGGAGACAAACCUCAAUCGUUUAAAAGAACCAAAGAAGACAGUGAAAUUUUAUUUUGGGUCGAUAAAGUGAUAGCAAAACAAAAAGAAGAAAUUGAAAAUAAGAAAAGACUUUUAACUAGCGGAAACGACGAGACUUUAAGAGAAGAACAACAAAGAGUGCAAAAGAAAAGGAAAAAAUCUGACUGA